AUGCCACGUAUGUACUUCUCCGGUGAAGACAGCAAUGAUAUUACCUUCGAUGAACCAACCAUGGAUCGUCUUGUGGUGGAUCCCACAUUAUUUGCUAGAGUCCAGAAUGAUGAAGAACAAAAUGUUAGGGUAUUUUUGGAUACUCAUUUGCUAAAGAUUCGAAGUAUGGGAGAUUCAGUAGAGCAUACUCCAGAGAAAUUCGUGAGCAAGAACCAUGCAUCCGUAAGCGUAGGUAUGGCACUUGAUUUAUCGGCACUAGCUUAUAUUACUGAUGCAAUGGUUAAUGCUGAAUUCAGAGAGAUGAGCAGUGAAGAAUUUAAAAGUAGCUAUCUUGCACCUCUUGAAACUACUAUCCGAAAGCUGAAGUUGCGCAUAAGACCCUUAGCGGUCCAAUAUAAUUACCCAUUGGGAAAUCCCGGCCAAGUGGAGUAUCAUAUCCAAGAAUACUGUAAUACAAUAUCGUGGCCAAUUCAAGACCUUUACCGAGAUAUUUGUGGUCCACACCACAGAUUUGGAAUCGCCUCAUAUUUAAGACCACUUUUGAAUACAGAUAUAUUUAUAGAGCCCGAUAUUAUACAUUUCGCUGAAUACGGAUCAGAAAAUGGACAGUUUCCUGAAAUUUGUUUCGGGUUAGGUGAUUACAAAACAGAGAAUUACUAUUUAUCACAAGGAUUUGGUGAAUUAAAAGUAGCUAUAGAAGAUUUUAGGCGAAGGGAUCAGCAGACCGAAUACCUAUUUCAUGAUACACAUUGGAAUCGUGGUAUAUUAUUUGCUUUGGUCCUAAGUAAAUAUUUUUACGAUGCUUUUCUCUGUGGCACGAAUAGAGUUUUCAUCUCGAACCAUCAAUCAUUUUCAGGGUUUUUCAGAUAUGAUAUUGUCGAAGGCCAAAUGUCCGUAGAUUACUAUAUCAUUAAUGACCCAGAAACUGUUGCGAAUGGAAUUACUUUAAGGUCGGCAAUGGCAGGCUUUUUCUACCAAACAGAGGAUGAUGCAAUUGAGACUCAAAACAGGUCAAAAAAAUAUCUUACUAUAGCCCAUAAGGCCAAUAAGUUGGACCCGUUACUUAACGUGCGUCCUAAAUCUCUCAGAGAUUCUUCGAUGAGAUCAUUUGAUACACUAUCUGAAAAUGCUGAUAAAGAAAACGUCCAUGAAAUCCAGGACAAAAUCUAUGGCAACACAUAUUGUCGGGUAAUUUACGAUUCUGCAAAAUGUUAUCCUAGUUUGUCAGUGCAGCUCCCAUCCACAGUGUUUGUCAAAUUGUACUACUAUUCUAGUCGGUUAUGGAGACAGAAUGAUUUGGCAUGUUUUAGUAUUCCAGAUAGAAAAAGUUACUAUGAUAUGUUCUUCAAUGAACUUGUAAUUAAUGAAGAAAUUGCAAAAUCACAUUUUGCUUCGAAUUUUCCAAAGAUUUUCGCUUCAGGCUAUUGGAAUGGGCUUACUAGUCAUCCAAUGCAUAUAUUUGAAUAUUUAGGGAAAGAAAUACCAAAGGAAAAGUGGGACGAGAAAAGGGUUUAUGAGGUUAUUAGAUUAAGACUCAACGAACUCCAUCUGUUGAGAAUCUCGCAUAAUGACGUACGGAGGAGCAACAUUCAUGUUUCAGAAUCAGAUAAGGUAACCUUAGUAGACUUUGGAUUAUCGGAAUACCCGUGCAGUGAAGCAAGCAAACAGGGUGAUCUUGAGUCUCUUGAUAGCAUAUUUGGGGUGACAAAUAAGAGAGAAGUUGCAAGUCUAGUUGCAGUUAACGACAAAGCUGACAUUGAUCAUAAUGAUGAAGAUGAUGCAAAUACUUCCUCUGAGGUUGAGCUCGCUGAAAUGAGUUUCGAGUCGCACGAUACGAAAACUACAACUACAACGAAGUAG